GGCCAGACCGAAGCCGUCCCCCUCUCCACCCGCUCAGGCUUCCCGGAUCACAGACUUCAUGGCUCCUUCCUCAAGCAGGAGAAACAGAACCAGCGAAUCCAACCAUCAACAAAUAGAAGAAACCAGCGUCACGGUUACGCUUACUUCAGCAGCCAUGGAAAAUCCUCCUGAAGUUCCUGUUCCUAGCAACACAGGAGAAGCCCACACGGAAGCCAUGCUGGAUCCACUCAGUGUUCUGAAGAAGUACUUUGGUUAUCUCAGUUUUCGCGGGAAUCAGGAAGAAGUAAUCAGAGCGGUUUUAUCAGGGUCUGACUGCUUCUGCAUAAUGCCGACCGGAGGUGGCAAGUCGCUGUGCUACGAGAUCCCCGCGCUGAUGAAACUGGGAGUCGUCAUCGUCGUCUCUCCGCUUAUUGCUUUGAUGCAGAAUCAAGUCGAGUCCUUGAGAAAGAAUAAUAUUCCAGCGGAGUACCUUUCAUCGUCCAUUUCGGCUGCAAAACGGGGAAAUAUUCUUGCAGAUUUGGGAAGUGGAAGGCCGGCACUGAAGCUGCUGUACGUGACUCCGGAAGCAGUGGACACCCACACCAUCAUGAGCGUGUUCCGGAAGCUCAACGACAGGGGGCUGCUCAGCCUCUUCGCUGUGGAUGAGGCUCAUUGCAUUUCGUCAUGGGGGCAUGACUUCCGGCCUGCGUAUCGCAAGCUCUCCACUCUUCGGCAGCAGUACCCCAACGUUCCGAUCCUCGCUCUCACUGCCACAGCUGUCGCGAAAGUGCGAGAGGACAUUGUGUCAUCGCUCUGCCUUCGCAACCCUACGACCCUUCUGUCUUCCUUUAAUAGACCCAACAUCUACUAUGAAGUCCGCUACAAGGACCUCAUAGACCCGUACAAGGACUUGCGGGACACGCUGCUAGCGUCCCAUGAGCAGUGCUGCAUCAUCUACUGCCACUCGCGCAACACAUGCGACGAGCUCGGCUGCUGGCUCGCACGCGACGGGCUCAGAUGCAAAGUAUACCAUGCAGGCCUGUCAGCCUCGGCUCGCACGAGUGCACUGGACGAGUGGUCGCGAGGAAAGGUUCCGAUUAUGAUUGCUACCGUCGCCUUUGG